AUCUGAUUCUUUGAAUAUCUUGGCCUCAGAAAAAUGAAAAAAACAUAAAAUAAACGUCGUUUGACUAAAAUACCCAGACCUGAAAGACAACGUGCGGUUCUUUGGAGAGGAACGAGGCAGAGAGGUAGUGCGCCGAGGCCUGUUGUUUAUUGUUCAAGUGUCAUCGCCCAUUGCCCAUCGCACACCUUCUUCUUCUUCUUCUUCUUCUUCUUUGUUUUUGGUAGCUUUUUGUCAAAAACUAUUUUUGACAACCUCAGUAUUCUUAUUCCACUCUCAAGUGCUCUUUUCUUUGAAAGUUUUCUGCAGAACAAUAUACCAGUGCUAUUUUCUGCAAAAUUUAAGAAACUCCCCCUUUGAUUUAUUGUUCAUGCUGCAUGUGCUGAUAACAAAGCAAGCACAUUUCAGCUCAAUCAAUCUUCUUUCUUUUACCUAUCAAAGCCUUUUUGAUUUAUAGUAAAAAAGUUGAGGAGAAGUGGGAUUUUUUAUUUUAUUUCUUUUUCUCUGUGUUGGGUAAAUGAAUUGAAGUACGAUUCGAUUGCUUUGGUUGAAGCUAACUUCGAAUGGAUUCUUUGCUUCUUGGGUCUUUUCAUAAACCUUCUUUACUUACUCAAGGCGAGAAUGGUUGGAGGAAGGAAAAUAUCAACAGGGGUUGCUUUUUUGUUAUGUCCUUAUCUCUUCUACACAAAGACCCAAGUCACUUGACUAACACCAAAAGUUAAGAGGAUUCUUCAGGCCUGCAACAUGAUGAUUUGCACUUCAAGGCGAUGUAUCAAGGUGCAGAACCAGGAAAAUGGUUGAAAAAUACUGCAUUGAAAGGUCUCAACAGCAUCUUUUGAAGCAUCAUGUGAAAGGCAUCGGGAAAAGAUCUACAUUCUACCAGUGGCAAGAUAAAACGUGCCUGGUUAAUGCAGCCACUGGACACCCUUUUGAAUCUGACCCUGGCGCCUAUAAUAAAAAAAGUAUUUGGUACUCAGUCAAGAAUGGCUUGGAUGCUUUCUAUAGGUUUUCAAGGCCACACACUGUCAUAGGCACAGCAUUGAGCAUAGUCUCAGUUUCCCUCCUCGCAGUUGAAAAGCUGUCAGAUUUUUCUCCAUUAUUUUUCACUGGGGUUCUUGAGGCUGUAGCUGCUGCCCUCUUUAUGAAUAUUUACAUUGUUGGUUUAAAUCAGUUGUAUGACAUUGAUAUAGACAAGGUUAACAAGCCAUAUCUUCCAUUGGCAUCAGGGGAAUAUUCAGUUCGAACUGGCAUCAUGAUCGUUUCUUCCUUCUCUAUUAUGAGUUUUUUCCUUGGAUGGAUUGUUGGUUCAUGGCCAUUAUUUUGGGCUCUCUUCAUCAGUUUUAUGCUAGGAACUGCUUAUUCAAUCAAACUGCCUAUGCUGAGAUGGAAGAGAUUUGCAUUAGUUGCGGCAAUGUGCAUCCUAGCUGUACGGGCAGUGAUUGUGCAACUAGCUUUUUUUCUGCAUAUGCAGAUGCAUGUGUACAAAAGACCAGCUGCCUUCUCGAGGCCUCUAAUUUUUGCAACUGCAUUUAUGAGCUUCUUCUCAGUUGUUAUAGCAUUGUUUAAGGAUAUACCUGAUAUUGAUGGAGACAAGAUAUACGGGAUCCAAUCUUUUACAGUACGCUUGGGUCAAAAGCGGGUAUUUUGGAUCUGUAUUUCACUACUUGAAAUGGCUUAUGGUGUUGCCAUUAUGGUGGGAGCAUCGUCUGGCUACUUCUGGAGUAAAAUCAUUACUGUUUUGGGACACAUAAUUUUGGCUUCGAUUCUCUGGAAUCAGGCAAAAUCUGUUGAUCUGAACAGCAAAGCUGCAAUAACAUCCUAUUACAUGUUUAUAUGGAAGCUCUUUUACGCUGAGUAUCUACUUAUACCACUUGUUAGGUGAAAAUGGGGGGAUGCAGGACUACAGGAGAAGAGGUUUAGCCUUUUUGAUUGUUUCUUUGGGAAGGAGAUAUGUUUUAGGUUGCUGACUUGCUAGAAAUGAUGUAUGACUUAAAAUAAUUGCCAGGGAGGAAAGCCAACUGCUGCCUUUGGGCUCAGUUUAUUUGAAAAAUAUUGUUAAAAAAUAUAUUUGUUUGAGGAACUCAUUAAAUAGCCUGAAGACCGCCCGUUAUACUGUGAUUUGUAGCCUGUUUUACCAUUAUCUGUCUGCUUUGUAGUAGGAAAACCAGCAACAUCUUUGUAUUGACCAAAUGUUUUAUCUGUGCACUUGUAUUCCUUGUAUGUUAUGGCUCCUUCUAUUGAGCUAAUUUCUCGAAUAAUUUUAGAUAAACAGAGAACUUUGACUUUAUUUUA